GCUUCAUCUUUCAUCUCGCUAAUUUGUCGACACCUCUUUCAUCAUACCUUCCUCUCGUCCCUUCCCACCUUGUUCCUUGCACACCGAUUUUCACAUUUUUUCCAUCUUGACUUCACCCUCACUUCCUCCACUUUCCCUUGAAUCUCACAAUCAUAAACCAACUUGUCGCUAACUCAACUGCGCGUGUCGCAGAUUCAUUUCGGCUCCUCUAUUCCGCACCUCGACAGCUCCUGUUACUAGCUCGAGCCUCCGCAUCAUGGCCUCCAAAGCUAUUCCCUCUCAUCUCCGGCCUCAAGCCGCCAGCGGCAAUGGCAGCAACGGCUCUCCUCAACAGCGACACCAUGGCAAAUCACAAUCUCAUGUGGCCUUUGAAAAUACCUCCACCAACGUGGCUGCCAGCCAGAUGCGAAAUGCCCUCAACAACCUCGCAGACACGGUCAAUGACCCUGCAGAAAAGAAGAGAUUCGAGGCGGAAAUGGACAACUUCUUUGCGCUUUUCAGAAGAUACUUGAAUGACAGAGCCAAGGGGAACACAAUUGAUUGGGCCAAGAUCAACCCUCCCAACCCGGAUCAAGUCGUUGCCUAUGAUGAUCUGCCAAACAGUGAUGCUGUUGAGUUCUUGAACAAGCUCGCAGUUGUCAAACUCAACGGCGGCCUGGGUACAUCCAUGGGUUGUGUCGGUCCCAAGUCAGUCAUUGAAGUCAGAGACGGCAUGUCCUUCUUAGACUUGUCCGUUCGACAGAUUGAAUACCUCAACCGCACUUAUGAUGUUAAUGUCCCCUUCGUCCUGAUGAACAGCUUCAACACCGAUGAAGACACUGCUUCCAUCAUCAAGAAGUACGAAGGCCAUAAUAUUGACAUCCUCACCUUCAACCAAUCCAGAUAUCCUCGUGUCCUCAAGGACUCUCUUCUCCCCGCACCAAAGAACUACCACUCUCAGCUGUCAGACUGGUAUCCUCCUGGUCACGGUGACGUUUUUGAGUCACUCUACAACAGCGGUAUUCUCGACCAACUACUUGAACGUGGCAUCGAGAUCAUCUUCUUGUCCAACGCUGACAACCUGGGUGCCGUGGUUGAUCUCCGAAUUCUGCAACACAUGGUCGAGACCAAGGCAGAAUACAUCAUGGAAUUGACCGACAAGACCAAGGCUGAUGUCAAGGGUGGUACCAUCAUUGACUAUGAGGGCAAGGCGAGACUCCUGGAAAUUGCUCAGGUCCCAAAGCAAUACGUCAACGAAUUCAAGUCGAUCAAGAAGUUCAAGUACUUCAACACCAACAACAUAUGGAUGAACCUGCGUGCUAUCAAGCGAGUUGUAGAGAACAGCGAGCUUGAGAUGGAAAUCAUCCCCAAUGAGAAGUCCAUUCCAGCCGACAAGAAGGGUGAAGCCGACAUCAGCAUCAUCCAGCUCGAGACUGCCGUGGGUGCCGCCAUCAAACACUUCAAGAAUGCCCACGGUGUCAAUGUUCCCCGACGACGAUUCUUGCCCGUGAAGACCUGCUCAGAUCUCAUGCUUGUCAAGUCCAAUCUCUACACUUUGAGCCAUGGUCAACUAAUUAUGGAUCCCAACCGAUUCGGCCCGGCUCCUUUGAUCAAGUUGGGCGGUGACUUCAAGAAGGUUGCUCAAUUCCAGAAACGCAUCGGCAGCAUUCCCAACAUUGUUGAGCUGGAUCAUUUGACAGUCACUGGUGAUGUCAACUUUGGUCGUGGUAUUGUCCUGAAAGGCACCGUCAUCAUUGUUGCGACAGAGAACAGCACCAUCGACAUUCCACCUGGAUCCAUUCUGGAGAAUGUUGUGGUUCAAGGAAGCUUGAGACUCCUUGAACAUUAAGAACUGGUGGAUCUUCCUGCAUAAUGAUCAAUCACUUAGGGGCGACUUCUUAGAACCAGGAUGGUACCAUACUUCCAGGUAUUACCAAUGUGGACGGAGAGAAACUCAGAGCUGGGCUACAGGGCCGUAAGAAUACCGACUUAGCUCAUGCAUACAUACAGUGUUAAUAUGGCGUUUGUGCCACAAAUAAAACGAACUUGACCCCCA